AUGUCAUAAGAGUAGGUUUCAAUAAGCACUUUGAUUCAAAAAAAUGCUCAAUAAAACACAUAAUACAAUUGGGUUGGAGUAUUGGAAUUUUUGCAUGAAUAACAUAAACAGGUUUAAUAUAAGGAUUGUGAAUGGGCUUUGGAGAAAUCAUAAAUGUAGUAGAAAAUAAAUGAGUUAGAAGGAGUAGUCAAAGGUUAAGAGAGAGUAAUAACUGAUUUGGGAAAAAGGUGCAAAAUGCUUGAAGUUGCUUUGCGAUAAGAAAGAUUGAAAUAUCAAUAAAAUGGAUAAGUUCCUGAUUAUUUGAAUUAAUUACUCAAGGAAAACAUAGAAAACCAGAGUCAGAUAUAAAAUUACUAAACAAUCCCAAAAAGAAAAGCCAAACCUUAUCGACCCUUAUUGCAAAAAAUAAUAUAAGAAGUAGGCUUGCAAUCGAUUUUCUCGCCUCCAAGUUCUCCUAAGAUGGAACAUUCAAAUAGACCAUCAGUGAUGUUAACACCAAAUUAAAAUGUGACAUCCAUAGUGUAAAAUUCAGGCAGACAGAGUCCAACCAAUAUGAAUAGCACAAGUGGUUUUCCAACUCAUAGUAGAAGCAAAUCACAAAAUAUUAAUGAGGAAUAACCCUAAACUGUUUCAAAGGAUCCUGUUCAAUUAUAAAACACUUUGAGACAUCAUCUAGAUGGAGUAAGAGAUGCAUAUUUCUUUAAUAAUAUGACAAUUUUAGCAACAGUUUCAGAAGAUUGCCAAUUGAAAUUGUGGGAUUACUAAAAUUAUUAACAACAAUAAAAUUAAAUUGAACCUUAUUUGACAUUAAGAGAUCACACAGGGCCUUUGUUUGCAAUUGCUGGAAUUGAAUAAAGACUUAAAGGAAUCUAGAAUGCUAUUUUUAGUGCUGGAGCUGAAGGAGCAAUAAAAAUGUGGUACUUUCCAUUGCCAGAUGAAUGCGAUCAAUUAGGGUAAACUGAAGAAUUCUAAUAAUGUAAAAUGACUUGGUAAGCUCAUCAAGAUGCAAUUUGGCAAUUAAAGGUUAAUUCACAAUAAAAUUUAUUGUUAUCCUCUGCGGCCGAUUCUCUAAUCAAAUUAUGGCCAGUUUAAGACUCAUAAACUGAACCCAAAUAGCUCUAUUAAUUUGGAUAGAAAAAUCAAUACGGUCAUUUUGUUGAUUCGCCUACUGCAAUAGCCUGGUUAUAACAUAAUCCAAAUCUCUUCGCAUCAGGUUUCAUGAAUUCUUCAUUACUCUCCAUAUUUGAUACAGAGAAUGGGAGAAAUGUGCAAAAUAUUAAAUAUUUACAAGAAAACAAUUCAUAAGCACAAAUCAAUUAGUUGACACAAUUUUAGCAAUCUUGUUUGAUUUCAUCUCAUGAUGAUGGUAAAUUGAGAAUUUUUGAUCUUUAACAAUCAAAAUUAAUCUCAUAAAUUAUUUGUGGGAAUGAACCGAUUACUUCAGCAAUUACUAAUCUUAACAAUACUAUCAUCUAUAUUGCAACGGGUAAUGUUAUAAAAGUUUGGGAUACCAGAAGAUAACAAUUUAUAUAGGAACUACAAGGUCAUCAAUCUAAAUAUGAUGAAAACAUUCACAAUUUAGUUCAUCAUGGAAGUUACAAUUUAUUUGCAUCUUUAGGUGCAGAUGGAUAAAUUAAAUUGUUUUCAUCUAAAUGA